CCUUGUAUCGGAUACCUGUCCAUCACCAUCUCUAUCUCGCUCUCUCCAAUUUACAUCUUCAUUGCUUACUUCUUUAUUAUUAUUAUUAUUAUUAUUAACUCUCUUUCUCCAUUCUCUCGUCUUCUGAUCUUCAUGUCCAAUUAAAAUGAAGAAAGAGGGAGAGGGAGGGAGGUUUACUGAUCAUCCCUGCUGCUCAUUGAACGUUUUAGAAGGAAGGAGUAGAGAAACCUAGAAAGGACUGCAGAAGAGUUGGUGGUAACUUCGUUUUCUCCUUUAUGUAAGCUUUCUUUAUUUGCUGGUUAAUAAUUGGAAGUGAUUUUAGUGAAAAAGAGAGGAGAGGAGACCCAAAAUUUUGUAGAGGCUGAGAUGGGUUACCUCAGAUCCAGGGAAGCCAGGUGUUAUGUGAAAAGGGCUUCUUCUUUUUAGGGUCUUCCUGUGAUUCUUGGGAGUUCGCCUUUCCUGUGUUCUUUCUCAUGACCCUUUUUGUGUUCUCUAUCUUGUGCUUAUAGAUAAGGCUUUGAAUUUAAUCUUGGUUGUACUCUCUCUCUCUCUCUCCAUUUCCUGGUCGGAUUUAUGGGUUGGUAGCGAUUUGGGGCCUUUUCUUGUUGUUUCUCUUUCACUUUAGUUGAUAGGAGUGGUUAGUGAAGAUUCCUGGGGGUGUAGUUAGUUGAGGGAUCUAAUCCAUCUUUCCAUUGUUUAAGUUUCCAUAAAUGGAAGUCUGGAUCCAUUGUUCCUCACCAGAUCUGACCAGCCAUUUCCAAGGUACUGCUCCUUUCCUCAUUCUUUAGGCGCAGUUGAGUUCCUUUUAUUUGCUCCGUGGGCGUUUGAUGAUUAUGUUUCCUCUGUCGGCUAUUGGAAUCGAUUUGCCGCCCAGAUAUUGAGUUUCUUUGGCAUGGAAGGUGGUCUGUUGGAACUUGUAGCUCCGAUGUUGCAUAUGGGAGAAGGAGAUGAAGUAGUUGAAAAAUGACAGGGCAUGUGAUUUUGGAGGGGUUGGAAGUUUGCUACUAUUGCCACUACUCAGAUAGGAGAGUUGAUGGAGGAGAUGUCUCCUGCAGUUGCAGUACCAUUUAGGUUAGAUAGUUCAAUCUGUGAUAACUCUGCCGUAGCACCUCACAUGGAAAUCACACGGCUCAAGUUGAUAACGGACACAGCAAGUUUGUUGUCGGAUCCAGAAUCCAAGCUGUCUUCUGAGUCUGCUUCUGGUGAAGAUGAAGGUUGCAGUUGUAGUGAUCAGCAGAGUGAAGGUGUUACUGUAACCAUGUCAGCUCCUCAAGAAGAAGUAGGGGGAGGAGGCACUGCUGCUUCCACAGAGAUGGCAAAGCCAGAAAAUGCAAGCAAUUGGGUUGCUACUGAUACUAAAAUGCAUGAUAGUGAAGAAGAUGAUUCUCUAUCUGUGGGUGGCGACCAAACAUUAGAUAGCCCUUGUUCUCUUUCUGUGGCUAGUGAUACCAGUAGCCUUUGUGGUGAUGAAAUCUCAUCUUCAGAUACUGCUUUUGAGUCAGGUUCUCUUGGCAUCCAGAAGAGUUUUGGGAAUGUCCACAUUAUUGCAAAAACCGCCUCUUUGGGGGAUUUAAAUGUUGAUCAGGAGCCAAUGGAUGAUAUACUUGCUGUACCAUCAGUCCUUGAUGUUGAGGUUGGAGAACGGUUUGAUCCAAAAGCAUCAGAUAAGGUUCUUCAGUUGCCUCAGGAGAAAGGAAUACGAAGAACAGGAAUUCGCAGCGUUUUUGAAUUGGAUUGUAUACCCCUUUGGGGAUGCACAUCUAUAUGUGGAAGGAGACCAGAGAUGGAAGAUGCUGUUGCUGCUGUACCUCGGUUUCUGAAUAUCCCUAUCAAAAUGCUAACCAGUGAUCAUGUUGUAGAUGGUAUGAACCAAAGUUUGACUCACUCAACUGCUCAUUUCUUUGGAGUUUAUGAUGGCCAUGGAGGCUCACAGGUUGCUAAUUACUGCCAUGAUCGUAUCCAUAUGGCUUUAAUUGAGGAGAUAGAAAUUCUGAAAGAAAGCAUGGGUGGUGGAAGUAUUGCACAUAAUUGGCAUAUGUUGUGGGAGAAAGCAUUCACCAAUUGUUUUGUAAAAGUUGAUGCUGAGGUUGCAGGAAGAGCUAGCAGAGGAAUUACUGAGGGUAGGGAUGAUGCCUUUGAACCCAGUCCUGAGCCUGUUGCCCCAGAAACUGUUGGUUCUACUGCUGUGGUUGCUGUCAUUUGCUCAUCACACAUUAUAGUUGCAAAUUGUGGUGAUUCUAGGGCAGUCCUAUGUCGUGGCAAGGAACCUAUUCCAUUGUCUGUUGAUCAUAAACCAAAUAGAGAAGAUGAAUAUGCACGGAUUGAAGCAGCAGGAGGCAAGGUUAUACCAUGGAAUGGAUACCGUGUGUGUGGUGUUCUAGCAAUGUCAAGGUCCAUAGGUGAUAGAUAUUUGAAACCAUGGAUCAUUCCGGUACCAGAAGUCAUGUUUGUUCCUCGUACCAAAGAAGAUGAAUGCCUAGUUCUAGCCAGUGAUGGUUUAUGGGAUGUUUUGACAAAUGAGGAGGUUUGUGAGGUGGCUCGAAGGCGAAUCCUUCUCUGGCACAAAAAGAAUGGUGUUACCCUUCCUGCAGAAAGGGGUAAUGGAAUAGAUCCUGCUGCUCAAGCAGCUGCUGAAUUCCUCUCUAAGCUUGCUCUUCAAAAGGGAAGCAAGGACAACAUCACUGUCAUCGUGGUUGACUUGAAAUCUCAAAGAAAAUUUAAGAGCAAAGCCUGACUGUGAUUAAAUUCACUGCUAAUUUGGUCUUCUGGUCUAUAACUGUACGAUAUACUCCAAGUUUAUAUGGUUAUUACCAUUAAUGGAUAACUUUGCCCAUCUGUUUUUCACUUGGGCGUAAUUGCUGUACAAGAAUGGCUUUCUGUAUGUACUAUAGGAUCUGCACCCUACUGGAACUCCUAUCAUAAAAGUUUUUGCCAUACAUCAUGCUAAGUCUUGGCCAUGUAAAUUUGAGAUGCCGUGUAGGGUAGGGGCUAGGGUUCUUUCCCUUGUAGUGGAGCUCUGGUUGAUUGUAUUUGUUUUUGCCUCCGAGUUCAAGGCUAUGAGAGGUGUUUCACUUAUAUUGUUUCUACGA